AUGGCUAUGCUGGUUCUACAAUCAUUGGCAUUACUAUCGUUAUCUUGCUGCUCCUCAUCGUCAGCAGAGUCACUGGAAUCCUUCAAAGAGGAAGUGGGCUCAAACAUAUCCACGACAAAUGCCGGGGACAUAACUUUUCCUCUGAUCAGCAUUCAUAGUGAUGUUUCUCCAUUCCGUCUUUCCAAUUCCACAAGAUCGAGCCGCAUAACAGAGUGGCUGAAGAGCGAUACCCAUCGCCAACAAGCUUUAUUCCAGAUUCCAUUGGCUUCAGGAGCGGCCACAAUCAAUGGAAAAUACAUAAUUAAACUGGGCUUUGGCACUCCGGCUCAGAACAUAUACGCCAUAGUGGACACGGUAGAAAAUGCUGUAUGGAUCCCAUGCAAAUCUUGCCAGAAUUGCAAAACCCCACAGCUUUUCGAGUCCCAAAAGUCAUCUACAUUCAAGCACAUCUCCUGUGAUUCUGAUCAGUGUGAGCAAGCGAAUGGAAUCUGCAUUGAUGAUGAUAAAUCAUGUACCUUCAAGUUAGGGUAUGCGGAUAAGUAUGCGAAUGAAUCCAAGGUGGACGCUCUCUUGUCCUCCGAUGAGCUCACAAUGGAAGGAAAUGCUUAUCUUUCCAGAUUCAUUUUUGGGUGCAGUACCGUUCGGAGAGGAAUUUUGGAAGAUGCACCCGGUGUGAUCGGUUUAGGAAGGGGUUCAAAACUUUCCUUUCUUUCUCAGACUGAGUCUAUGUUUGGGAAGGUAUUUUCACAUUGUCUUCCUAGCAUAGACUCGAAGAGUUCUUCAGGGACUCUCAGCCUGGGAAAAGGAAGCCUGAGUUCCACACAGGGCUUGCGCUUCACGCCACUGCUACAAAACUAUCCCAACUAUUAUUGCGUGGGCUUAAUUGCAAUUAGAGUCGGUAAUGACCACUUUCUCAUGCCUCAGGAAUAUUCAGGGUCCACUCCAACGGGAUUGCAGAUGGUUAUAGACUCUGGAACUGCUUUUACUCGAUUGGUCGAGCCUUUUUACAGUCAAGUCCGUGAUUCUUUUCGUCGCCAGAUGAAAUUAACCAGGAUUGAGCCCUUCAGGAAUCUUGAUACCUGCUAUCGAAUUCCUUCUGGUGGAAAAGUUGUAGCUCCGAGAGUUGUUUUGCAUUUUCAAGGAAAGUUGUUCUUGGAUAUUCCCCAGGAGAGUGUUUUGAUUACUGUGGAUGAGAAACAAGAAUGGUUCGAUGUAUGUUUUGCUUUCACUUCUGCAGGAAGUGGGUUUGAUUCCGUGUUUGGAAAUACUCAGCAACAGAAGUUAAGAAUCGUAUAUGAUGUACCAGGUUCUCGAAUUGGUAUUGCCCAAGAAAACUGCGACCAUUGA